UUUAGCAGAUCGUUGUUGGGACCAGAAAAGAGACGGUUUUGCUCCCUGCAACACAAAAACUGAAUCUCACAACACAGAAAGACUCAGAUCUGCUGUGAUUCUGUUUGGAGGACAAGAAAGAAGGAUCGCGUGAAACAGCUCCCUUUAAACGAUGAAGAAAUUCCUUCAGUGACGUCUGAAGAGUCUCACAUACUGAGAACGAGCGGCUCCCCUGGGCCUUGAGGAGCCGCAGCGGGACAUGUGACCCGGUCCACAGGAAGACGAGUCAGCCCGAGGUUCCUCCUGCGCUCCACAGCCCGAGCUCCCCACCGCCUCCCCGGGAUUCCGCUCACCAUGCCCGGCUGCGACCCUUUCGGCCUCUGCCAGUACCAAACCAACAAGCUGGUCCGGAUCCAGAGCGUCCGGCUCGGUUCGCUCAAAUGGAGCCUGAACGCAGCCAUCCUGCUGUUCAUCUGUGUCAUGAUGCUGUGGAACAGGAAGUACCAGGAGUUUGAUCCGGUGGUGAGCUCCGUCACCACCAAAGUGAAGGGCGUCGCUCAGACACGCAUACCUGGCGUCGGAGACGUGGUUUGGGACGUGGUGGACUACAGUGGGCCCUCUCAGGAAAAAAACUCCUUCUUUGUGGUGACCAACGUUAUUGUGACCAAGAAUCAGAAACAGGGAAAAUGCCCAGAGGUUCCCUCUAAGGGCCGACCGUGCCGCUCUGAUCAGGACUGUGAGAGGGGAGCCUGGGACCAGCAGAGCCACGGGCUUCAGACAGGAUCCUGCGUCAGGUUUGAUGUGAUGAAGAAAACCUGUGAAGUUUCUGCUUGGUGUCCGAUUGAAGCCAAGACGACGCCUCCAAGGCCUGCUCUGCUGACAGCAGCUGAGAACUUCACCGUCCUCAUCAAGAACAACAUCAGAUUUCCAGCCUUCAACUUCAUCCGCCGGAACAUCCUCCCACAGAUGAACGACGCCUACCUGAGGAGCUGCCACAGGGGAAACGACUCGCUCUGUCCCAUCUUCCGACUCGGAGACAUCGUUCGGGAGGCCGGGGAGAACUUCGCUGCCAUGGCUGUGGAGGGGGGCGUCAUCGGCAUCCAGAUCAAAUGGGACUGCAACCUGGACCGGUUGAUGCAGCGCUGCCUGCCCAGAUACUCCUUCAGGCGGCUGGAUGAGAAGGAGAGCAACAGGACGCUGUACCCCGGCCUCAACUUCAGGUUUGCGAAGUACAACACGGUGAACGGCGUGGAGGAGAGAACGCUCUACAAGGCGUUCGGGAUCAGAUUUGAUGUCAUGGUGUUCGGACAGGCGGGGAAGUUCAGCUUCAUUCAGCUCAUCAUCUACAUCGGUUCAACGGUGUCGUACUACGCUCUGACGACCGUACUCAUUGACUGGCUGCUGGAAACCAGCUGUUACUCUGCAGAGGCCGGACAGAACUACUCUGAGAGGAAAGUGGAAUCGGUCCCGGACACGCAGCAGUGCAUCCUCUGCGUGUCGUACGUCGACGAGAAGAAGCUUCGGCUGGUGAAGAGAUCGCGCAAGAAAAGCCUCCAAGACGUAAAGCCGAUGUCUGCUCAGCCACGAAAGGAGGACUCGGGGCACCUGAGAGCCGUCCUCUGUCUCCUGCAGCCGGACGUCAGUGUGGACCUCAGUGCUCGGCCUCCCCCGGACCAGAAGCCGGACCCGGAGCCCAGACGGCACCGUCCCGGCUGGUGUAAAUGUGACUGCUGCGCUCCCUCUGUCGUCCCGGCGGAGGAGCUGUGCUGCAGGCAGAGCGACGGCGCCUGCAUCACCUCGUCUCCCCUGUUCCAGCGGCUGGUGUCGGACCGAUCGCUGCUGCAGGCCGUCCUCCUCUACCAGGAUCCCUUGUCUCCCUCCGUCGGGGGGGCUCAGACCGCCGCCCUGCGUCACUGCGCCUACAGACAGUACAUCAGCUGGAGGUUUGGGGUCCCGCCUGAUGACACCCAUCCCGUCAUCCCCAGCUGCUGCGUGCGGAGAAUCAGGGAGGAGUAUCCGAGUCCAGACGGACGGUACAGCGGCUUCAGACCCGUCAGGAUGGUCUCUGUGCAGACCCAGAAAAACGGAGGGGAGAGACAGAGCUCCUCUCACUGAAACGUCUUUUUCUAACGCUUGGAUGCUGAAGAGAGGAAAUGCAUAAAGUUUGUUCAGUCACUAAAACAAUAAAUCAGUUUGGCUAA